UAUGUAGAAAUAAUGGACUUCACAAAACAAGGCUUUUAUAAAUCAGUAUGUUCAUAACCAUAUGAAAAAGAAUGGUGACUCUGGUGAGCAUUGUGGUCUGUUGGGUCUAUAUUUGGCCUCUUUUUUAGACUACCAUUUUACACUGUUGUAUGUGAAUUGUCAGGAUAAGAAUGGUGACUUGGAUGAGUAUUCUUGUCCUUUUGGGAUUGUUUUGUUUAUAUGCCUUUUGCCCUAUUUCCAGGCAUGACUCGUCCUCCCAGCAAUCUCUCUGAGCUGUCUACUGAGGAUCUGAGGAAGAUUGAGGGACAAGAGAGGGAGAAUGUGGAGGCCAGGAUUCAGUGGUUGAGGGAUAUCCAGGCAUUAAUGGAUGGAGCCAUGGUGAUGAUCAAUCAGUACAACACAGUAGCAGCUCAGUUAAGCACUCCAGUUAUAAUUACAAAUGUAUCCGCAACAAAUAAAAGUCAGGAGGAACAGUCAAAAAGUGACGUCAUCAAAACUAAAGAAGGAAUAAAAACAGAACCCUCUGGGACACACCUUAGUUAUGAAGACCUAGACGGAGCUACAGGGUACACGCCCCCAAAAGAGGAAGAAAUGCCAGAAUGGGAGGAUCUAGCCAAAGAAGAGUUUACAGACGAGAUGCAUGAAAUCCGGCGGAGGAGAUUACAGAAGUUUGAACAGAAGGACACUCCAUCAUGA